GAUCUGCUGCUCGGGUGGAUCCCGCUACCUGAGGCAGUCGCCUCACCUUGCCGGCCCUGGCUCCGCUUGCGACGCCGAACUAAUGCAGCAACCCCCUCAGGAUGCUGGAUGCGCACGACUCUCCUUAGACUGCCUCAAGCGCGUCUCUUUUCACAUAAGGCCUUUUUAUCCGGCGACGCCCGCGGCGGGUGAGGCAACACCCAAACACCCCACCUCCUCCUUCACACCCACGCCCGGCCUCCGAGAGGCUGAACAGUGCUGCUUGGCUCGCGUUGGGAGGCUGCAGCAGCAGCGGCAGGCAGCGGCUUCGCGGCCUUACCGCGCGGUUUGACUGACAGCGGGAGAAUGUGGGACGACCGUUGGUCCGCGAGAUGGUGUCAACUGCCGCGCCGCGCGCCGGCACAAACCAAAGAAGAAGAAAAAGCCACCGCCGCACUUUCGAAUCUGGGCGCGCGGAGCAGGGAGGGAGGAGGAGUUGGAGGGGGGAGGAGGAGUCACGCGCAGGUCCACAGCCCUGGCACGCUCCGCUCUGUUUAACAGCCCCCCCUCCCUCCUCCUACCGCUGCCUCCUCCUCCCCCCCCCACCCUCGGGCGCUUCCCUUCCCCAUCGCCGCUGUUCCUUCCCGGCUCUACCCGACAGCGUGUGCCUCCUACGUGCGUUCCACUUGGUACGGCCCACCUGGAAGAUCAUGGCGAUUGAUGGUGGUGAAAGACCUUGUGGCGUACAUGAACUAAUUUGCAUUAGAAAAGUUUAUAGACCAUCUGCUGGGUGUAGUUAGAGCACAUGAAAGUGCGAAGGAUGGUAGAGAACGAGACAAGCAACUUUGACAUAGUAUCUCCUGAGGCAGUUGGAUUUCUGUCAGCAGUUGGACUGUUUAUUAUCCUGUUGUUGAUUCUUUUUCUAUAUAUUAACAAGAAGAUGUGUUUUGAGAAUGUUGGAGGUUUCCCAGACCUCAAUUCACGAUACAAUGCCAGAAAAAAUUCACAGGACAAACUUUACAACUCAUACAUAAAUAAAGAUCAGCAUGGUUCAUCAUCUGAAAGUGAAGAUGAGGCACUGGGUAAAUAUCACGAAGCCUUAUCCAGAACACAAAGUUCAAGGCCACCAGCAGGCGAUAACAGACAACAGAAAAACUAUAUUUGGGAAACCAGACAAAAAUAUAGCCCUCUGUCUGCAGAGUAUGAUGGGUACAGUAGUGAAGCCUCAAUAGAUGAAGCAAACUGCAUUCAGAGAAUGAGACAAACACCUCCUCUUGAUGAAUUGCAGCCCCCACCGUACCAAGAUGAUAGCGGCUCCCCGCAUCUCUCAUGCACGCCCUCCGAAGUUGGUGACAGCAAAUGUGAAUUCUCUCAGUGUAGCAACAGUCCGAGAUGCUCAUAUAAAUGCCCAAGUGAAGGGAGCACUGGGCAUGAAAUAGAAAGCUUCCAUAACAAAGGAUAUGAAGAAGAUGUACCCAGUGACAGCACUGCAGUCCUUAGCCCAGAGGAUCUGUCAGCUCGAGGAUCAUCAUCACAGCUCCCUAAAUCUUUUGAUCCUGAACCAGAAGCUAAGUAUGGCACCCUGGAUGUGACUUUUGACUACGACUCGCAGGAACAGAGGCUUCUGAUAACAGUGACAGCUGUCACAGACAUUCCAAAUUAUAGCAGGACAAGUGGAAGUUUAUGGCAAGUACACCUGGUUCUUCUUCCUAUCAAGAAGCAGAGAGCAAAGACCAGCAUCCAGCGGGGUCCAUGCCCUGUCUUCACUGAGACAUUUAAAUUUAAUCAUAUUGAGUCUGAGAUGAUUGGGAAUUAUGCAGUGCGCUUUAGACUGUACAGUAUACGCCGUGUAAAAAGAGAGAGGAUUUUGGGAGAAAAGAUAUUUUACUUAACCAAAUUAAAUCUUCAAGGGAAGAUGUCGGUACCAGUGACAUUGGAGCCAGCGUACCCUAUUUCCGGCUGCGACUCCCAAAUGAGCAUGUCAGAAAUGUCCUGCAGUGAAAGUACCUCCUCCUGUCAGUCUCUGGCACAUGGCUCAGCUCCAGAAAUCCUCAUUGGACUGCUUUAUAAUGCCACAACUGGAAGACUAGCAGCAGAAGUGAUAAAAGGCAGCCACUUCAAAAACCUGGCAGCAAACAGACCACCCAACGGACUGUUCUGUUGUCUAAAACACUUGAUAGGUGGACAGGUUUAUAUAAUACGAGAUACGUUUGUUAAGCUGACGUUGCUGAAUUCUAUGGGCCAAGAGAUGUCCAAAUGCAAGACAUCUAUCCGAAGAGGGCAACCGAAUCCAGUCUACAAAGAGACCUUUAUUUUCCAGGUGGCACUGUUUCAGCUUUCUGACGUUACACUCAUAUUGUCUGUGUACAAUAAACGCAGCAUGAAACGAAAGGAAAUGAUAGGCUGGAUUUCUUUAGGUUUGAACAGUUCUGGCGAAGAGGAACUAAAUCACUGGACUGAGAUGAAGGAAUCCAAAGGACAGCAAGUAUGUAGGUGGCACUCAUUGUUAGAAUCUUAAUGAGUAGUUGCGGCUCCACGUAAUAUCAGGAUUCCACGAGGCUGCCCCGCAGGUGCAACCAAGAGAAAGUGUUGCAGAAGUUACAAUUCAACAUUCCACUUUUACAGAUGCACAAAACGCCGUGGAGCAGAAUUUACUUUCGCAUCUUCAGUUGACACCACUGAGUUCAGGUGACAUGCACUGGACGCAGAAGAAAGAGCAAUCCCAAGUCCUUAUUUUGACGCUUUCAGGAUUGUUUUGGUUCACAUCUCAGUUUUCCAUUUAACUAAUAGGUAUUUUGUGUAAAUCAUCUACUAUUGCAAAAUUCUCUUGAUUGUGUUUGUUUUCUUAGAGGUGCUAUGCUGUGUUAUAUAUGACUUGUCGAGAAGCAGAUUUAGAGAGCUGGGGGAGUAGUUAACUAGUGGAACACAAAAAUUAGAAUUUUGGCACACAGUAGUUGGAACAUUGCUUCCCCACCCCCUUAGGAACUUAACAUUUCCUUAACGGAGUUUAAUUUUGAAGAACAACAUGCAAGAGCACUCCUGCAUGUUGACUGCUUCUCAGAUACACAAACAGCUCCUCUGUGGUGCCUGCUUUAGGCUGGGGGUUGUAACUCCCUAUUCGCUCCCAAGAGCGGAAGUUGUUCGAAUGAUGAAUCACUGCUAAUAGUGUGCAUAAACCCAUCACCAUUCAUCUCUGGCAAACACCUUUUUGUGUUGUUUCAGGAGCUUACAGACUUGUUUGACCAGUGGCAGCAGUGAGAGAAAAGAAAAAUGUGUGUGUACACCAUGAGAAGGGAAGCCCCUCUCAAAAAACUUUCUGCUCUCUUGAACUAUUGUGAGAGUGCCAAUUUACCAUGCAGGAUCCUCUUGCGUGUCGUUUCCUUGGAUCUGUCAAAUCAGGUCUCAAUAUUUUUGGCAUUGAUCAAAUUGUCUUUGAGUCCACCUCAGGAAUAAUCUCCACUUUAUGUCAUGCAGCGAUCAUUUUUUGUUUUACGGAUCCCUCACAGGCCUAUUUAGACAGGUUGAAAACACAGGAUCUAAAGAGCUGCACAACUAAUUCAAUGCGCCUAAGGGAGCUUUAGACGUGUGUUUCUCAAAUAGCAGCCCUUGAAACUGAGAGGAAUUUUCACAGUAUGGAGGUCGAGUUUUUUUUUAAAAAAAAGUUUCACUGCAUGAACAGAAGCACCAGGACACAACUAAAGUCACCCUAUUUCCCCCAGUAGUAGAGCAUGGUUGAAAUCCUGUAUGCAGUUUCUGGCAAGUCUCACUGAUACCAGUGGUAUUUUUGUUUAGGUAGCAGACUGCAGGACUACAGCUAAUAACUUUACUAAAAAAAUUUUGUCAUUAAAUCAGUUGGUCUUUAUAUGAACCUUGUAUUACAAACCUUUGAAAAUUCAAAGGUGAUAAAAGCUAAGGAUUAAAACAGCUGGGAAUAAGGACUUGGGUAAUCUUAGAUAAUAAAUAAGGGAAAUAUACUUCUAUGACAUCUGUCAAUUUAUUUAACUUCAGCAAUGUGUUAAUCAUAAUAUAAAUCUUGGAAAGGCAGCUUCAUGCAUUAUGAGAUUUGAAGCACAAAGGAAAGUAUGACUAGAGUCUGCUAGUUUUAAAGUUCUUGCAAUAAAUUGUUUCACCACUUUCUGUUUCAACUACUGGUAAAUUUCAGGGAUUCUGUGUGAUACUGAAGCUUUCCUUGAGGAUGAGGUUGGCAUCAUGAUUAAAAAUUAGUACAGUUUAAAUAAGCACCUAGAACUUCUAAUAUUCAUAUCUGAGGAUGGAAUCUCUAUCUGUUGCAAGUGUUGUCAGAGCUCAUGAAUUCCUAGUUAAGUGCCAGAUUCAGUUAAGAUUUCUGGAUGAGGUGAGUCUGUGAAAAAAGAUUCAUGUUUCCUUUAUUUAUUUAGAGUGAGCUCAUUGAGAAAGUGCAUAUUUAUCACUGUUUUCUUCACAAUAUUUUUGAAUGCCGCUAAGUUUGAGAUCCAGUUUUUGCAUGAAUGGAUACAAGUGCAUCAUAUGAAAUAUGUGCAAUGUUCCCAGUCUCAAAAUUCUUAAGAACCUCCUUAAAAAUUCCCAGCUGUUGUCUUGAAAUUGUUAUUCAGUGCCUUUCAUGUUUCACCACUUAAAUUUGUAACUGUAAUGCGAUGCUGAACUGGAUGAUUUAAAGAUUGAUUGAUUUAAAGAUUUACCAAAUGAAUUUUCCUUCCUGUGUUGCAUGAAGAGUAUGGCACACAAAAUCUAAUUUGUUAAAAGGAAACCAUUCAGGAACUUUUGCAAACAUAAAUAAUGUUAAUAGUUGUUCAGUAUAGUAUAAUCUUUCCAGUUUUGUUUCUUACUGAUUUCGCAGUGCAUCCUUAUGCAAGCCUUAUUACAAGAUUUUUUGAUUCAGAAGUCCUCACUUUACAACCUUUUUGUUAAAAUGGAGACACUUGGGAUCUACUUGUAGAUCUAAGCCUCCAGUUCCAAUAAGGCUUACCAGAAAAUAAGUACUAUUGAACUCAUUUAAACUUCUGAGUAAGCAUAUUUAGGAUUGCUCUGUAAGACUUGCACUGUCAUAGUGCCUUGAAGAUUGGAUUAUGCAUUCAUACAGAGAAGGAGCGGACGAAUAAACUGUGGCUUCAUAACAAUAUUCCUAAUUUUAAAAAUGUAUUACUUGGUUGGUGAUUAUGACCUAAGAGAUUCCUAAUUCACAAAGUUGUCUAAUCAGGAUUGUACCUCUGCAUAUUCUUGGCUUUUUAAAGUGCAGUAUAGAUACAGCUAUUGAGUAAUUCUGCUAAAAGGCAAGAUAGAAGUGAGCAGAGUAUUAUUUUUUUAUGAAUGUUGUUUGUCAUAUUAACACCUUUGCCCUAAUUUUCACAUUGGUUGCCUUGUUUGGAAAUUACCUUGUACACAUAAAGCAUUUGAUGGGUAAGAAACAUUCAAAUCUUCUUCCAUCUUUCUACAGGAUUAUUGUACAGGUAUUAACUGAAAAUUCAACUUUUGUACCAUAAGACUUUUUAAAAACAACAACAAACAUAUUUGGGUAUGUAUUUAGAAAGGCCUAAAGGGAAUUCAGCAAGUCACGUUAACAUAAGAUCCUAUUAAUAGAACA